AACUACAGACAGAAGUGUGCCAGAGCCGAGUGGAGAACUGCUACCCUAAAAGGGCUGACAAUAAUGUCAGCAUCCAGCUCAGUGCUUGGUGUGGCACUGUUGCUCCUCCACCUCUGGGGGACACAUUCUUUCCCCACCUCUGCCUGUCCUGUCCCCUGCCUGUGUCAGCACGGUCCUCUCCUGAACUGCUCUUCUUUGGGUUUGACUGAGAUUCCCACACGCAUCCCAGCAACUGCGGUUUCCUUGAACAUAUCCAAUAAUGCCCUGCGUUCUCUGGCUCCUCUCAGCUUUGGUCAUGUAAAAUUGAAAGGGCUUCUGCACCUUUGGGUAGGAAGUAAUGCUCUGGAGAGCCUGUCUCUGAUUUUGAAGGACCAGUCACGCACUAGGACCCUGUCAAGUGGAGAACAGGAAUGCACCUCCUGGGCACCUGACCUUCAGUUGCUGUCUGCUGAAAGAAACCAUCUAAAACAUCUACCCAAAGGGCUAGGCUGCAUGAAGUCUCUACAGUUUCUUCAGCUGUCUUAUAACCAGAUAUCUAAGAUAGGUCUUACCGACCUGGACAACUGCAUUGAUUUGAAAGAGCUACAUCUCCAGCAUAACAGCAUCAUAAGCAUUCACCCACAUGCUUUUAUAGACCUUAAACAGCUGCAGGUAACAUCUCGUAACUAUUCAGCUUCUUUGAGUAUCACGAUAAUACCAGUCACAUAA